CAACAGCAGACCAGCAGACGACUUACGACUUGUUCUGUAGCAGCAGAUGAUAGUGACAAGUGUUGUAGUGUUACCAUAACCGUCCAAAAUCAACUUAAGAAUUCAUAGUGAUUGUAAAAAAGUGUAGUGAAUUGUGAAAAAAGACUCGAAUUAAUUAAUUUAUCCACCGCUGACAUAUCAUAUCUGCUAUGAUAAUCGGACUUCUGGAAAGUACCAAUCUGUUUUUUCCGAAAACAUUGCAAUGACUCCUCAAUACAACCCCAAUUUGCACUACACGAAACAGCCCUUGUUGACUCAUCAAACGCCUGUGAUAUUUUACAAUAAUGCAAGCAAAAAAUCAAAAGUUAAAAAAGAGAAAAACAAUACAAUUAAAUGUGUUAUUGUCGGAGACAAAGAGGUCGGAAAAACAGCCUUAGCAGUAUCGUACAGUAAUGAUACUUUUCCCAACCAGUAUGUUCCAACGGCCUACGAUAAUUACAACGUUGAGGUUCAGGUGGACGGGAAGCCAAUCAGAUUAGAGCUAUGCGAUACAGCUGGUGAGGACGAUUUCAAUCCUCUCCGCAACCUCUGUUACCCUGGAACUGACGUUUUCAUGUUAUGCUUUUCUGUGGUGAAACCCGCGUCGUUCCUCUCAGCCUGCACUCGGUGGGCCGACGAGCUUGCGAGAUACCACGAUGCCGCGGUGGUGCUUGUGGGCACCCAGAGUGAUCUUCAAAGUAACACUGAAAUUAUUCAGGGAUUAAGACAACGCAGACAACGUCCAGUGCGUCCGUCCGAAGCCAGACAAUUAGCCGAACGUCUCAAUGCGCCCUAUGUUGAGACUUCGGCGAAAACGUGCCAACAUUUGAAAGAAGCUUUUGAUCAAGCCAUUAUGUUGGCAUUGAGGAAGAAUAAGAAAAGGAAGCCGUGGCGAAAAUUGUGUUGUUUUUGAAGAAGAAACCAUUCCGUUCCUUGAUAGGUUGUGAAUUCGGGAUUAGACAUAUCUGUCUGAUAUACAAUUUUGUCAGAAUUCUCUCUUGAUAGUAUUAUUUAACGACUGAUCUAAAUUUUAUGGAAAUAUGUUCUUUCAUCGCGUUGUGAUAAUAUUUUUGUUAAUCGUCGACGCAAUAAUUGACAAAUUUAUUCUUUGUCAUGAUGUGUAAAUACAUUACAUUUGGGUGUUUGUCCCCUCAUUUUUAUUUACAUCAUAAGUUAAGUGUAAUUAGAUCUCUUUAGAUUCGUUAGGUUUUAAUAUUAUACAAUUUUACUGCUCAUAUUAAUACUCUUAAAACGUAUGUAAAAAUGUGAUAAUUGGUUUUUAUCCAACCGUAUUGUAUAUGGUUACUUGUUUUAGGCUUAUUCAUGGUGUAAUAAUUAAUGGUGUUAUUAUUCUUCCAAACGAGAAAAUUUAAAUUUUAAGAUUAUAUUUAUUAAACAGUUAUUUGGAUUUUAAA